AUGCCUGCAACGAACACCGACGAUACAGACCCAUCCGAGCAGACAGACCUUUUGGAUGCGAUGGGCGACUCGAAGUCUGAAUCACAGAGCCACAGCGAAUACGCUGACUCAGGGAGCCCGCCCGACCAUGAAGCCGAAUAUGAGAAUUCUCCAUCAGUGAGGUCCUCCAAACGCAAUCAGUGUAUCCCGCCUUCGUCCUCCGCUAGCAAACCUGGAAAAUACUCUCUAAUCUCUGUGGGUACCGACCUGGCUACCAGGCGAAGACUGGGAAAGCUAUUGCAAAAGCUCUCUUCGAAAAUUCGGGAGAGCUCUCCUCAGAGGAGCUACGGACGUGGAGCUCGAGGCCGUUACACGCGAAGAAUUCAGACUCCGCCCAUUUUAAUCACUAUCCCUGAAAUGAUGUUCGAUGCGUUUUCGCAUCUAUUCUUCUUUCAUCAUCUUCCUUUCUACCACGACGAUGCAUCUUGA